AUGGGACGAAGAAAGCACCACGUGGACCUGGUCUCCAUUCACAGUGAGGAGCUUCAGAACAGGACAGCGAGAAAAGCCAUCCAGGCCUCCACUUCUCAUGUAUGGCUGGGUCUCCGUUACACCUGCACCUUCAACUUCUGGUUCUGGAUAAAGAACAGAGAAGCAGGCUGCUACCAGAACUGGACACCUGGUCAUGGGCCACAUGGUUAUGAGGAGUGUGGGCUAAAGAACUGGACUGAGGCUCAGAGAUUCUGCCGUGAGAUGUACACUGACCUGGCGACUGUGAAUAAUGACGAUGAGAAGAACAGCUUGUUCAAAACCAUAACUGAUCAUUCAUAUGAUGUGUAUACUGGACUUUAUAGAGGUGAAGUGUUUAGAUGGCACUGGACCCUGCCAGACAGUGUGUACAAUGAAAAGACAUUCCAAAACUGGGGAAAAAAUCAACCAGAUAAAAAUAUUAAUGAGGGCUGUGCUGCAAUGGACAACAAUGGGAAAUGGUUUAGUGAUAGCUGUGAUACACAAAGGCAAUUUGUCUGCUUUAAUGCCACUAAAACGUAUAUCCUGAUUGAGCAGAGCAAAUCCUGGAGGGAGGCCCAAGAAUUUUGCAGAACUUUUCACACAGAUCUAGUGAAUGUCAGAACCUCCUCAGAAAAUCAAGUUGUCAAGAACACUGCAAAAAACGAUGUAUGGAUUGGACUAUUUAACGACCCUUGGUCGUGGUCGGAUCAGAGUAACUCUUCUUUCCGUUUCUGGAAUUCAAGUCAGUUAAGUAACAACAGAAGAGACCGUGACUGUGUUACAGUGAUGGUGAACCACACAGGGAAAUGGAAUGACGUUCAAUGCAACACCACUCAGCCCUUUAUCUGUCACGGUGAUCUGAAAUCUCAUUCAACUACUAAACCAGAGCAAUAAGAGAAGGUAUUUUGAAUAAUGUUGAGAAACAGCAUAGAACCCCAUGAAGUGACUGACAAAAACAUAAAAAAUUUUCAAACUGUCUUCUUUUAAGCUCCACAGAAGAAAUAAUGCAUAUAGUUUGACAUGAGGGUGAUAGAAUUUUCAUAUUUGGGUGGAGUAUCAUUUAAAAAUGCAGUCAAAAUCAUACUAUCCUUUGAACCUUUUAACACAUGAAAAAUAGUUAAAAAAAUAACUAUGCAAUUUAUUACCUGAAAUGUUCUCACUGAUAUAGCU